AUACUUUGAUUUCACGAUUCCUUCAAUAGAUAUUGGUGAUGGGCUAACAGCGGACAAAAUUGAAAAAUCUGAUACACCAAGCGAAAACAAGAACGAGGAUGCUUCGAUGGUCGGUCGAUCAAAUUCAUUCACAAAAAAGUAUUGGUACUAUCCCCCCGCACCAGUUCGAUGUGCUGGCCAAUUAUUCGACCCCAUACGCUACUUUUGCUGUUCCGGUAAACUCUACUGGAAAACUUUCUUUUAUCGUUAUUAUUGGUACAGCAGUGUGCCGUAUGUCGACGCAUGUUGCUGCGGAACGCCGUUCAAUUCGCAAAUAUCAUUUUGCUGUAAAGAUAAGGUGUACUCGAUCGAAAAGAUUGGUCGACCAGGCUAUAUUGGUUGCUGUAACGGCCAAGCAUACAACAAAGACAAGCAGUUGUGCUGUGGUGGAAAACUGUACAACAAUGAAUAUGGAUGUAGUUUGCAAUGCUGCGGUAGUAAGGCGUACAGUAAGACAAACGGCUUGUGUUGUAAUGAUAUACUCAUACCGCGUAGAGGGAACACUCCAAUGUCGUGCUGCGGGAACAGCGUUUACAAUCCCCAAACUGAAAAAUGCUGCGGAAAUUGUGCGACAAAAUUGAUUUCAGGGGAGGAGUGCUGUGGGGAAGGUAUAUACAAGCCUGCAACGGAGAUAUGCUGUGGGGGAAAGGCGUAUCCCAAGAGCAGAUACAAUUCGUGUUGCUGGAAUCCUCCUAAUGGAGUCGGUAGUCGUCCGUACGAUAGUCGAAACUAUUUAUGCUGCGGGAGCAGAGUGUAUCGUAAAAUAUACGGCAUUGGCACGAAAUGUUGUAGCUGCUACAUGAAUGGGAAAUACAUUGCAAAGAUUUACAACAACGCCAAAAGUCGAUGUUGCGGGUGUCGCGUUUACACUAUGCCCAACUCCAGUUACACAAGUUGUUGUUGCAACUAUAAAUACUAUUACUUCAAUCGCUACUGCCCGUACUUCCCGUAUUACUAUUACUUCCCCAGGCCAUACUAUUACCAUCACAACUAUCCGACAUGUAGACUUAUAGAUCCAUCUCAACAUUCCUGCUGUAAUGGCAAUGUAUUUAAUAAGUUUGGGCCAUACGACAGAUGCUGUAACACUGUACGCUACGAUAGAAGAUAUUACAUCUGCUGUAAUGGACAAGUGAGAAAGAGAGUGAGCCCAACGACAACAACCUGCUGUGGAACAGAGCCGUAUAACUACCGUGAAAACACAUGUUGUUACAACCAGGUAGACGAAUUGCCGUUGCAUAUAUUUUUAUUUCUUCAUCCUUGAGUAAAAACACCAUUUCUUCCUUCAAAGCUUAAAAUUAUGUAUUACUGGUUGAAAUAUUAAGUAAUGACUCGAUGAUACAUAUAGGUUCUCCGAAUAACUGAUGGCAAACGCUCAUGUUGUGGAUACGAACUAUACAACUACAAGACACACAAAUGCUGUAAUGGUAUUGUGGUACCCGGUGGGAACAACUAUAUAUGCUGCGGGAACAGAGCGUGGGACGGCACGCUUUAUGUAUGUUGCGGCAAUGAACCAUUUUAUAAACCACGUUGGAGUUGCUGUAAUGGCAUGAAAGUCAAAGGCGGAGGCAAUGAUGCAAGGU